AUGGGCCUCGUCACUUAUAUCGUGAUCUUCCUGCAGGCCGCCGUGGGCGUCGCGCAGUAUUUCUUCCCCGUCAUCAUAUUCGCCAGCGUAGACAAUGGCAAGAAGAUCUACAAGUAUCACCGCGUCAGCGGAUAUGUAGUGUUCAUGCUGGAGUUGGCGACUGUCGCGGCCGCAACGCAGACGGAUUAUAAUAAGAGCACGCUGCAUAUUCAGCUCUGGGCGGUGUUGGUGGCCUCUGUUCUGGUCCUGGGAGGCGUGGGCGCGAGGAUCAAGAGGCAGAAAAUGAAGAUCUUUUAG